CACCGCGGGUUCGUCCAUGGCUCUUGCAGCGUGGGGGGCGGGCCUCUCUCUCGGGUCCCCUGGCACUCAUUGGCUCAGUGCGGUUUCCUUGGGGACGUGGCGCCGCCGCGGCCCGGGCCCUCCUUCCGGCUGGGCUGGAGGCCGCAGGGAGCCGUGGUGAACCGAGCGGAGCGGUGCAGAGGGACCUGCGGGCUGCUGGAUCCCGCUGCAGCCUUAGGAGAUGCCUGGGACAAGGAGGCCACCUUCUCAGGGCAAAAGGAAAAGGAGGUGACAGACGUUGAGACCAAUAAAGGGAACCCAUGGCUAGGAUCAGUUUUUCCUACAUCUGUCCAGCCUCCUGGUACUUCACUGUGCCCACAGUGAGCCCAUUUCUCCGUCAGCGGGUGGCAUUCCUGGGACUGUUCUUCAUAUCCUGCCUCCUUUUGCUUAUGUUAAUCAUGGACUUUGGACAUUGGAGUGCUUCAUUACCAAGAGAUAGGCAAUAUGAAAGGUAUUUGGCUCGGGUAGGAGAUCUUGAAGCCACUGACACUGAAGACCCUAAUCUGAAUUAUGGACUCGUGGUGGACUGUGGUAGCAGUGGCUCCCGGAUUUUUGUUUAUUUCUGGCCAAGACAUAAUGGGAACCCCCAUGAUUUGCUGGACAUCAAACAGAUGAGGGACCGCAACAGCCAACCUGUGGUUAAAAAAAUCAAGCCAGGAAUCUCAGCAAUGGCAGACACGCCAGAACAUGCCAGUGAUUACCUUCGUCCUCUGCUGAGCUUUGCUGCUGCUCACGUGCCUGUGAAGAAGCACAAGGAGACCCCUCUUUACAUCCUUUGUACAGCAGGCAUGCGGCUUCUCCCUGAGAGGAAGCAGUUGGCUAUCUUGGCUGACCUAGUGAAAGAUUUACCACUGGAGUUCGACUUCCUUUUUUCCCAGUCUCAGGCAGAAGUGAUCUCUGGGAAGCAGGAAGGGGUUUAUGCAUGGAUUGGAAUCAACUUUGUUUUGGGAAGAUUUGACCAUGAAGAUGAAUCAGAUGCUGAAGCUUCCCAGGAAUCAGCAGCAGGACGAAGAAGGACAGUAGGGAUACUGGAUAUGGGAGGGGCCUCUCUCCAAAUUGCAUAUGAAGUUCCUACCUCAGCCUCUGUCCUUCCUCCAAAACAGGAAGAAGCUGCCAAGAUCCUGCUGGCUGAGUUCAACCUGGGCUGCGAUGUGCAGCACACUGAACAUGUGUACAGGGUUUACGUGACAACCUUUCUGGGUUUUGGGGGCAACUUUGCCCGGCAGCGCUACGAAGACCUUGUACUGAAUGAAACUCUUAACAAAAACAGAUUGCUGGGCCAGAAGACAGGCCUGAGUCCCGACAAUCCAUUUCUGGAUCCCUGUCUGCCCGUGGGACUCACAGAUGUGGUGGAGAGGAACAGCCAGGUCCUGCAUAUCCGAGGAAAGGGAGACUGGGCCACUUGUGGAACAAUGCUGAGCCCCCUGCUGGCUCGCUCCAACACCACCCAGGCAUCAUUGAAUGGCAUUUACCAGUCACCAAUUGACUUUAACAACAGCGAGUUCUAUGGUUUCUCUGAGUUUUUUUAUUGCACAGAGGAUGUGCUGCGCAUCGGUGGCCGCUAUCAUGGGCCAACAUUUGCUAAGGCUGCUCAGGAUUACUGUGGCAUGGCUUGGUCAGUACUAACUCAGAGAUUCAAGAAUGGCCUUUUUUCUUCACAUGCAGAUGAGCAUCGACUCAAAUAUCAGUGUUUUAAGUCAGCUUGGAUGUACCAAGUCCUACACGAAGGAUUCCAUUUUCCCUAUGACUACCCAAACCUGCGUACAGCUCAGCUGGUGUAUGACCGAGAGGUUCAGUGGACACUGGGAGCCAUUUUGUACAAAACCCGAUUCUUACCACUCAGGGAUCUUCGGCAGGAAGGUGUCCGACAAGUCCAUGUCAGCUGGUUCCGUCUCUCCUUUGUCUACAACCACUAUCUAUUUUUUGCUUGUAUCUUGGUGGUGCUGCUGGCCAUCAUCCUGUACCUUCUGCGAAUCCGCCGAAUUCACCACCGACAAACUCGAGCCUCAGCUCCGUUGGAUUUAUUGUGGAUCGAUGAGGUGGUGCCGAUGAUUGGGGUACAGGUGGGACCAUGAGGCUGGACCAGGAUUGGAGAAUCUUAAGUACCCCAGAGUUGCUGCUCAUUGAAUUCCUCCACUUUCUUGUACUGGACUCAGAUUCGCUUUGGCCUUGGAAUUUCUAGUUUAAUUUCUACUUUAUUUACUUUUUCGUACCCAGGACCUCUUCUCAGAGAGAAGCUGUAAUUUAGUCUGUGAGGAACUAAAUGGUAAGAGAUUGGUGCUAGCAAAGAGGACCAAGCUUAGUCCAACUGAAGCAUGCUUCUUUUCCUCAUCCCAGAGAUCUGGUGUGUUCCUGGGAGCCAGCAUUUGCCUCUUGCUGAAGCAUGAAGUUUGGCAUGGGCACACUGGAAGCUUGGUUGAAUCCAAACUUGGAGCAUCUUGAUACAAAGCCAGAGGUGUUCUAACAAGUGCAGCAGCCCCUUCUUUCUCUGUAACAGAGAUAUCAUUUAUGUGGAGAUCCACAGCCUUUAAUUGGGAUCCAAGAUCUUUGUAGUUCAGUGGACCAGAUAUGAAUUUCCAGGCAACCAAAAUGACACAACUUCCGUGCUUAUUUGACAAGCCAUUGUGGGUGUGAUUCAAGAUCCUUGACAGUGUUGUUGAUGUUAGUAUAUAAUUUUAAAAUGCUAGAACCCCUUCUAAAUGGGUAGUCAGUCCAUUGAAAAUUAGAUAAUAUUUUACCUGAUAUCUGGUCUGAUCAGGAUAGAAAUUUUCCAUGUUUAUGUGCCUCACGGGCUAUUGAGCAUUAAUUUUGCUUUUUUGAGCCGUAAGUAGAAUGGAGAAACUGUGAUGGGGAACCAGGACCUGGAUUUGUCUGGUUUCAAGUCACUGUUCCCAGGCAUGGUUUUAUGUAUAGAAAGAUUUAAAGCAUUUCACCGCUAAGAUCAAUACAUCAUUUGGGAUGUAUUUAGGUUGUUUUUAAAGAAAUGAAGACUAGUAUCAGGAGAGUGGGCAAAGACAAUAAUAUCAAACUCUUAUUUUUUUUUUUUAGAAAUAGAAGUUUUAUCAAUUUCUAAAUCCUGGAAUGUCUGAAAUAGCAAAUUCUAAACUUUGGUUUAGAAGUUACAUGGUAACUUUCAGAACCUCUGUUAAGAGAUUGCUCAGUCACAAACAGUACUUCCUUGAUGAGAGAGGAAAAGCCAUAAUAAUUUCAUCUUCAUCCACUGCCCUCCUGGAGCUUUGCUUCUCUAUAUUUCUCUACAUUUAGCCUUCAGAUUGUAUGAGAAUUUCUUUUUCAUCAACUCCACCUUCCUUUCUACUUUAUCUUUUCUUAUAUGUAGCUGUGAGUGUCCUGCCUGUGACUAUACCCCCAGGGUUGAAAUAUCUUUCUUAUCUUUUUGUCAAAGCCUUUGAUUUCUAGACUUAGAUGAAGAGAGAAAAAGGUCUUUAACUUUAAAGAGUAAAAAUGGAACUCUUCAAAAAUAAAUUCCGUACUGGGAACAAAAAGAAAUUAAGUGCUUCAUCAAACAGAGAAAAAGAAAUUUAGAUCCUCCUAGAGAUGAACUGUUAUUAAAAUAAGUAUAUUGACUCAGUUGGUGAACUGAAUAACAAUUCAGAGUCUUGAAUUGUUAUUAUUGAGACAGGGUCUCGCUAUUGUAGCCCAGGCUGGCCUGGAACUCGGAAUUCUCCUGCCUCCACCUCCCAGUGCUGAGAUUAUUGGUAUACACUAUACACCUGGCUUUGAGUUAUUUUCAAAUUAGAUAAGCGUGGAUCUAGCAAAGACUCCUAUAGUUUCCCUUGGAAAUAUCCUUUUCUUUUUGGUUACUGCUUAUUGUAUAGCAUUUCCCUUUAAUUUUUAAAAUCUCUCAAUUGCCUUGAUUUUCUUUUCCUUAUUUUUGUGUCCUGUGAAUGAGGCCUUGCCUUAUGAAUGCUGCUUAAAAAAAAAAGUCAAAAUGUUUUGCUAGCCAUUGCUUACUCAGGUAACUUUUUCUUUUUACUUCACCUUUGCUUCAAAUACUAUUUUUGGUCUCUUGGGAAAUCUAAUCAAUUAUCUAGGCAAAAGCUACUUGAUUGGUGACCAUAUUAGUAUGCUCAAACUCAAGUUGAAGCGGGGAGUAGUAACUAGUCCCAUUUUAAAGCUUUUAUUAGUGAAGUUAUUCUUCCUGGUUGUGGUAAUAGCUACCAUUUGUAAAGCACUCAUGUACCAGAUACUCUGUUAAGAAUUUUAUGUAUAUUAUUUUAAUCAUUACAAACUUUCAGACUGAUGUUACUAUUAUUCUUUUUAUAGUUGAGAAU